AAAAGAGGAAGAUAUGAUAUUACUGUAAAACAUUGAUAAAUGUAGUUAAAUUAUCGUAGGAAAUCUGGCUCAGUCAAAUAAAAAACUGCAGGAACUAUGAGGAGUUAAAAAAUAAAUUUAUUUAAUCUUUACUAACUUUUCUUCUAGAAUGUAAAAACUUCAAACUGGCUAAAAAUAUAUAAUAAUCUUGAACAAAUUGCAAGAUCAACCUGAUAAAGCAGACUGUUGUAAUGUAUCAAAUCACCAGGAAAUAUAGUAACUUUUUUACUCUGAAUUAUUUUGUAUUCACAGAUUGAUUCUAAAAAAGAGAAGAGCAUGAAGUGGUUUGAAGGUACAAUACCUGAAGCAAUUUCUGAAGCCAAAACAAGAAAAAAGGUGUUUUUAGUAUAUAUAGAAGAUGAUGAUGAAAUAUCCAAAAAAAUGGCAGAAACAUACAACAAUUCAGAAGUUUCUCAGAAACUUGAAGCUUGUGGUUGUAUAGCCUUGAAACUGAAAGCUAAAAGUGAACCCUGCAAACAGUUUUCACAGAUUUAUCCUGUUGUUAUUAUACCCUCCUCCUUUUUUAUUGGACCAAAUGGUGUUCCUCUUGAAGUUGUUGCAGGAAAUCCUGAACCACAAGAGUUUCUUACAAAGAUUGACAAGAUGUUAGAGCUUCAUCAGUCAAAUCUUGAAAAACUACCUGAUUCAGGCACUAGAGAUAAAACAACAUCCCCAUCAUCCAGCCAGAGUAGUUCAGUAGAUUUUCAGACUCCUACAAAUCAGGUUCCUGCUGCUACUAUUCCAUCUGAUGAAACUACAACUUGUGCUUCUGAAAUAACCCAAGCUACUACUAGUAAAAAGGCCAGAUAUGACAAAGUUGAUGAAGCAGAGGAUGAUCUUUCAGAGUCUUCCGUAGAAGACAAAGUAAAAAGAGCCAGAAAACUUCUGGAAGAGAAAAAGAUUCAAAAGGAAAAAGAGCAACAAGAGAAAGAAAAAAUUGAAGAAGUUGAGAGAAGGAAACUUGGUAAAGAAUUGCAGAAAUUCCGGCAACAAAAACAAGACCAGGAGGUUAAAGAAUUAGCACAAGAAAGGGCACGAGAAAAGGAGGAGGAACGUCUGGCUCGAGAAAGAGUGAAGGCACAAAUUGAACAGGACAGGGCAGAAAGAGCAAUUCGCUUUGAAAAAGCCAAAGCUAAUGAGCUUAGACAAAGACAGCUGCAGGAGGAAAGAAAAUUAAAAGCAGAACAAGAAAGAGCAGCAACAGAAGCAGCUGCCAACAGUCAGUUUGCUCGUAUUCAGUUUCGGCUUCCUGAUGGCUCAUCUGUUACUAACCAGUUCCUUGCUGAUGCUCCACUAGAGAGACUUCAUCAGUUUGUUCAAGAGUCUGUGCGUCCCCCAUUUUCUUCAUUUGUUCUAUCCACCACAUUCCCAAGAAGACAAUUUAAGAAAGAAGAUUUCCCAAAACCUCUUCGAGACUUGCAACUUGUUCCCACUGCAGUUGUACUAGUAUUACCUGAACAAGCUGUGAUACCUUCUGACAGAGGCUCUGGUAUUGUGAGCUACUUAUGGUUUCUGAUCAGCCCAGUCUUGGUGUUGUGGCGCAUCAUCUCAAAUUUUUUGUUUGGAAGUGGUGCUUCUAGUUCUGCAACUCCUUCAACCAUUGAUGCCCAAACAAAUUCUUCACCAAGCUCCAGUCAAGAUGCAACGAAUUUGAGAAACAGAAAAUCUGAUAGCUCAAGUUUUACAUAUCGUGAAGGUAACAUAUAUCGGCUCAACAACCAGCAAAAUGACAGUGAUGAUGAUAACAAUACGUGGAAUGGUAAUUCAACUCAGCAAAUGUAAAAGAAAAAAAUAGUGACAUAGAAGCUGUUUUUGGAUGUAUUUGAAGUUUAUGUGUAUAUGUAAUCAAUCAUACAUUAAAGGGACAGUGGUUAAAUUAAAGCUAAAAAUUUUGGAUUUAAGACAGUUGCAAAUUCUGAAGGAUGGUAGUUUAUUAAAAGAUUAGUCUUGAAUAGCAACACAGACCUAUAAAUCCAUAUAUAUAUAUAUAUAUAUAUAUAUACAAAACAAAUAAAAAAAAAUGCAGUAUUAAGUAAGAGUAUAAGUUUCAACAAAGCUAGGAAAAACUUUAUUCAAUAAUUGCCUUUGUAAAAACUAGUAAAGGAUAUUUUUUUCCAGUAUAACAGUGAGUGAGCUUCUAACCUUCUUUUGUUAACAGUAGUAAUAAAUCUAACUGUUGUAACGCUGUUUAAUUAAAUCUUUGGUAUUAAAACAAAACAGUAGUUUUGUUUGUAAGUUACAAAAAACACAUGGGUGUCACCAUUUAUUCAACUUUUCAGUAAAUGUUUAACUAAAUAGUAUCCUGAUUAUCACCUUAAAGUUUGCAUUUGACUUGUAGGUAAAGAAUAAAUUUUUGUGCUCUGAUUUAGCAGCUUAGAUAUGUUAGAUAAAAUAUGUGCAACUAAUCCCAGAAAAAUGACUUUUAUUUUAAGUGAAUGUCAAACGUAUUUUAGGCUUUACUAUAAUAUAAUCAUGCUUUCCUAAUGACGUUAAUAUAAUGAAACUUUCAGAAAAUAAAUAAUUUACAAACCUUU